UUCGUAACUGGAUUGUGGGCACCCACGAUAUUUGCCGUGUAGCGUGCGAAGUGCGCGCCGCUUCUUCAUUACAGUUAACAUAUCUGCGAAUGAUGAGCACUACACGAACCAACUGCAUGAAUGCUGAUGAAAAUGGCACAGUUGCUCCCGCUGCCGCUGUCGGCGUCGUCGUCGCCGCAUCAACAUCGUCGACGACGGCGGUGCCGGAAUUUGUGCACCUGACUGAGACGCGUCGAUAUAUUUAUAGAGCGAUUGCCGCCAUUCAUGAUGACAGCUUCAACAAUGUUAUAAAUCGACUACUCAGACAGUUCGAGAGUGCCAUACGAGAGGAGCUGGAAUACGCGCAGAAUUCGCCUUCAAUAUGUCGGAAAUUGGCGCGCAGCAUAAUCGGUCUCGCGGAUCUGAUACACACUCUACUGGGACAACGCUUGUCGGUCAAUAGCAGCUGGACUGUGUGUCGGGAUCGUUGGUGCUACAUUGUGGCCAAUUAUAUUGCCUGUGAGCUAUGCGCCGCACAGGAUCGAAUCGAGAAGGACCAGAGUAUCAUAGAGAGAAUUGGCAGCAUGCUCAGUCUAUACGUUGAGGGAAAUGAAGAGAGAUCUGCUGUGCACAAGGAAAACACUCUGCGCACGCUAAUCGCAAUACCCAAGCUGUAUGGCCAGGCUAACAUCAUCACGGUCUUCUACAGCCGUCUUUUUCCUCAAUGGUCGUCAACAUCUGGCUUGUUCAGUCAGGCUGAGCUGCCCGAUAAGAUAUAUAUUGAGUAUAUUAUUAUAUUUUAUUACUGGCAGCGAUUGGAGCGCAAUGAGUUGACUAAGCAGCGCAUCUCUGAAUUUGCUAACAAAUUUAUGCGGCCUGCCCGCACACUACCCUAUAAUCCCGCCUACAUAGAGCAUCUGCCCAAAUAUAAUACACCGAACACGGCCACUCGUUGCAUUUUGGAGCAUCUCAGCCUCAAGCAAUGUUGCCGAGGAUUGCAUUCAGCCAGCAAAAUGGACAAUCGAAUGUUUCAGCCCAAUGAAUUAAUACUUGACUCAGAUGAAGAGGACACAGCUUCUGAAUCUAGCUUGGUAUUGGUAAGCGCGUUGUUCUUAACGGCGAGCGCAACGCAGCAGCAGCCGCUGCCACCACCAGCUCCUGAUCCGCCUGACUUCCUAAAGCGUUUGUGCCGCAAUGCUAGUCACUUGGAGCCUGUGAAACGUGCUACGGCCUUGUAUCGAGGAAUAGACAGCACUCGCGAAGUUGUGGAUCUGUGUGAAUCGGACGAUGAGGAGGAAAUGUUCUCACUUGACUUCAGCGUGCCUGCGAAUGUGGAUGGCAAUGGUUCUUCAAACUCGAACGAGGCGGUUGGAGUUGGCGACGAUGACUAUGUGCCCAUAACGCGCAUAUACCCCAUUAAUUUGCGCACAUAUCAGCGUGCCACGAGCAGCGGCGCAACCGUAUCUGCUGCCCCUGCUGCGACCUAUACAAUGCCGCGCAUAGUCAAUAGUUACAGCUGCCGGAGGGAUAGCUUGCAUCUCGUGUCCACAACGCAGACACCGCCACAUCUUGUUGAUCAGUGUGUACAAACGGCAGAACAAGAGGAGGAAGAGCAACAGCAACAACUGUUGGAGCAAGAACAGCAGCAGCUACAUUUUAACGAUGAUGCCAUAUCUAGUUGCAUGAUCUAUUCGGAUACGGGGCUAACUGCCAGCCCCACAACCACCGAACUGCUCUACGAAGCGUCCUUCAGUCGCAGAAAAAGCAGUCCGGGCGUUAACAGGAAACUUAAACCCAAUGACAAUCAUCACUGCCAUCAAUCAUCUAGUCGUAAUAGUCAUAGUAGCGAGGCCUCGUUGCACAAGAAACAGGUCACGUUUAGUACACAACAUUUGGGAGCCUCGAGUAAAGCCCAGUUAAACAAAUCGCUUAAAACCAUUAAGCCGUCAAUUAAGCGUUAUAAAAAUCUAAGUAAUACAUUACUAACGCCGCUGACAAAACCCAGUUCAAAUAUGAACUUUAUUGAAUCUCUAAAGUGGAUGGGACGGAAAGAACACUUACUUGCUAGCCAGCGCAUGUUUAGCAAACUGGAAUCGAAGAAAAACUGUGAUAAACGGACUACUGAAUCGGUGUCUUCCUGCAACCGACGUGACCGCCGAGAUCAGCAGUCACGUUUGCCAGCCACUAUCACGCCCACGCCCUCAAGUCAGCUAACGCCCACGACCAGCAAUGCAUCCAGUGGUACACCAACACCGCAACCGAAGAGGCAGCCACCUCGAGGUUCACAACGUUCAUUGCCCACGCCACCCGCCUCCACGCACAGUUCCAUUGAGACGUGUCGUCAUCGAAAGGCGACUGAUAGGGUAUUGAACUCCAUUGAUGUUGAGGUGCAGGCAUUGGCCAGAAAGUAUAAAUUUGACCGUCGCAAGUUCUCUGACAGUUCCAUGGAGCACGUGGAUUUCUAUAAUAGUCUACUAAAGCUUCAACGCAGAAGGAUGAACGAGAAGCGGCAAUCGAAUGUGGCAAUCAAAUCGCAAUCAGAGUCAAAACUUACGCUUAGCAAACGAUUGUAUGCAUCAAAUAUGAAGCUACGCAAUGAAAUCGCGAAGCUGGAGAGCGAUGUUGAGAUCAUUAAGAACUUUGCGGUGCAGGCGAGAGCAAAGACGGCAGCAACAACAACGAGUACAGCGAUGUUAAUGCCUGUUGUAAGACUGAAGCGUGUCCAUAUUGAAGACUGGGAAACGUCACGCUGCAACACUGAGUACAGUAUUAACGAGGAAUUCGAUCAGACCAAGCAGCCAAGGCUAGCCAAACGGCGUCGUCGAAAGCAACAUUGCUGGUCAAGGAUAAAGAACGUUAAUAAAAAGAAAAAACUGACUCAGCAGGAGAUUUUAAGUGAAGCUGAAAGUCCAGCUCCCACUGCUGAUAUUGCUGAUAUUGAUACUCCCACUGAUUCUAAUGCUACUCCUGUUGCUACUUCUGUUCCUGAUGUUUCUGUCUCUUCGCCCGCUCCUGUUGUUUCCUCGUCACCUGUGCCAGACUGCAUUGCCGCCUACGUAACAUUGGCUAACAAUGGGGAGUCAUGCAGUGAGGAAGACGCACUGAUAAAGCCCAUUGUUAUGCAAGUGCGCACGCCCAGUCCCGAGUUGGAGUCGAGCAGUGUAAUAGCCGCACACGAGAUCGAAGUGGCGUCCAGUAAUGUACCUGUCUAUUUGCUCAACGGCGAAAGUCGCGAUUUGAUAACGCCCGUGCCAACAAUUCUGGCCAGCGAUUUGGUUGCAUAUGAGCCGUAACAUUCGAGUUAAGAUUGUAGGCGCGUGUAUGUGGAAUCUAAAUCUAUAAUGGCUAUUGGCCACUUUUAACUAUAGUCCAUACAUAUAUAUCUCUAUAUUUUUGUUGAUAUUUAAAAUGAAGCCUGUUAAAAGAAUAUUGAAACACAAACACAAUAUUUCAUAAUGUAACUUUAAGUAUAUUUGAAUGACUUGUUGAACUUUACAAUUAUUAAUUGCCAAUCAU